AUGGGAACAGCACAAGUUGACGGAAUGGAAGUAAGGCCUCCGCAGCCCACCUGUCCAUUAUUGACGCAUCAGAGGGAUGGGCCUGGCAAAGGUCAUUGUGUAGUGCAUCACAGCUGUUGCCAUUCAACCUGUCCGCCUGUCCCCACCCUCCCCGUCUCCUCCCAUCCAAUCAAUUUCCAGCUCGCCUUCUUUGAGUCUCUUUACAUCAGGGGGGUAGGCCUCGCAAAGGUGAUUGUGCGUCUCCAACCUAUUCGGUGUCGGCGCUCAGCCUCUCCUCCUUCUACCCCUGUCUAUCUCCCCCCUCCCCGCCUCCCCCCAAUUGAGAACCUGUUACAGCUCAAAUUCUUCGAGUCCCUACACAUCAGGGGAGUGGGCCUCGCAAGGGUCAUCGUGCGCCGCCCGCAGCUGCUGAGCAGCUCGCUGGACGCCACGUGGCAGCUGCUGAUUCGUUACCUCUCGCUGCUGGGGCUGACCAACGCUCAGAUCGGCGAGAUGGUGGUGCGCCACCCGAAGGUGCUGCAGCUUACGGUGCAAGCGGACGUGUCUCCCAAGGUUCGUUUCCUCCGGCUCAUUGGGAUUCCCGAGGCAGACGUAGCGGGAGUGCUGCACCGCUUUCCACCCAUCCUCACCUACAGCCUCGACAAGAAGAUAAGGCCACUGGUUCGGUUCCUCGUCACCGAAGCAGGAGUCCCGGACCACGAGGUUUGGAAGGUCGUGGUGGCUCGGCCGGACCUGGUGGCGUGCCAUCUGGACGACAGGCUUCGUCCGCUAGUGCGCUUUCUGCUGUCCAUGGGGGUGGUGAGGGAGGACGUGGGGAUUAUGGUGGUUCAAUUCCCGCCGCUGCUGAAAUACAAUCCGGCUAUUCUGAAGCCCAAGUGGCGCUACUUCCAGAGGACCAUGCGGUUGACUGUUGACCAUUUGGUUGCCUUCCCUCGGUGA